AUGGCGUCCGCGGCGUCGCGCGCGUUCCGCCGCGCGCUCGGCGCCGCCGCGCGCUCCGCGCCCGGCGCCGCGCCCAAGGAGCUCUACGCGCUCAAGGUGGACAACAACGGCCGCGCGUGGCAUCGCGCGGUGCGCAUCGGUCAGGGCGACGACGGGCUCCUCAGACAUCUCCUCCCGCGCGACGCGCCGCUUCUGGAGAGGACGGGAUCGUUCGGGGACACGCCCGCGACGCUCACGGCGCGACCGGUGCGACGCCUUUGA